UAAAGCUGUAUUGCUACUGAAACAAAACCAAAUAUUGGGUUUCAGCUUCAGAGAGAACAAUUAUAUAAUCAUGCAUCCAAGCCUUCGAAGAGAAGACACUCAAAGUGAACAUCUUAGUAAACCCUACUAAGAUUGUGAGCCCGCACCGCAAUUCUGGGAUUAAUUGAAGAAGGUAAGUUCCAUAUUAUCGCCGUUGAGUCUCUUCUCUUCGAAGAAGAAUACCAAUGGCAACAGCCCCGGCUUCAGCAGAAGGAGAAAAAAUGUCUCUGAAAGAUCAGGGCAAUGAGUUUUUCAAGUCAGGGAAGUAUCUCAAAGCGGCAGCACUUUACACCCAAGCCAUCAAGCAAGACCCUUCAAACCCUACUCUUUAUAGUAACCGUGCAGCUGCGCUGCUGCAACUGGACAAGCUUACAAAAGCUCUUGAGGAUGCUGAGAUGACAAUAAAACUAAAACCUGAAUGGGACAAGGGGCAUUUUAGGAAAGGAUGUGUACUUGAGGCCAUGAAACGAUAUGAAGAUGCCUUAGCUGCCUUUAAGAUGGCUAUGCAGUAUAAUCCCCAAAGCCAAGAAGUUUCAAAAAAGAUAAGGAGGAUAAACCAACUAGCAAAAGAUAGAGAUCGAGCACAAGAAGUGGAGAAUAAAAGAUCUAAUGUUGACAUGACUAAGCAUCUAAAUACAUUGAAACCUGAAUUGUCUGGAAAGUAUGGAUGUGAAGACAGCUGGAAAGACUUGUUUUCUUUCCUUGUUGAGACCAUGGAGACAGCUGUAAAAUCAUGGCAUGGAACUUCCACUGUGGAUGCUAGAGUCUACUUCCUUCUUGAUAUGGAAAAGACACAGACUGAUAAAUAUGCCCCAGUUGUUAAUAUUGAUAAGGCCUUUGAAUCACCACAUACACAUGGAAGCUGUUUUUCAUUUCUCAGGCAAUAUGCUGAGGACUCCUUUUCCAGAGCAGCCUGCUUAAUUGUUCCCAAAAGCAUAAUUGCUUAUCCGCAGGUCUGGAAGGGCCAGGGAUCAAGGAGAUGGAAACAUGGUCAGAAUGAUGGUUUUUUUGUUCAAUUUGAAUCACCCUCACUUAGAAAGCUGUGGUUUAUUCCUAGUUCCAAUGAAAUGGGACAAACAUUAUGCAGAGACCCAGAAGUCUUGGACAUUGGUGCUCAUGAAAUUCUUCCACGCCUGUUCAAAGAAAAGCUGCCUAGUUCUUAGCCCUUUACUGUCAUUCGGUUUAUGAUUUUUUUCCGGGAACAAAAAGAACUACAGGUUCAUGGGUAUUAUGCAGGUCCCAAGAUUGCAGAAAUUUUAUGAUUGUUGUCUUGCAAGGCAAAUUUUGGAAUAUGAAAUACUGGUGAUCUGAUAAUGAUGAUUGAUUCUUGUCUGAUAGAUCCCUCAACUUUUCAUUAUUCCUUGGAACAUAAUAGGCCAGGCCUUUCAAGUUGCAUUACAUAUUCUGGUGAUUAGGAGACUCUAGUCCUCCAUUGUUUAUUUCAGAUAUAGCCUUUCUGUAAUAUCAAGUCUUUGUUAAAUUAUUGUUAGCUGUGAAAAUUACUUGUAUUCUGAUUUGUGAAUGGUUUGAUAGAAUGGGGAUGGACUUUUAAUUUGGCUUGAAAA